UGAGUUGAUAUAAGCCCAUCUCCUGCUAAACGUUUUAUUUUUUCGGUUCCUCGCUUGUUGAAGUUUCCAACAUGCAGCUAUCUAAUCACCGUCUUCCCUGUGUGGCACUUUUGUGUCUCCUAAUAGCGGGCCAAGUAUGGUGCGAUUGUUCCGAGGACAACAUGCAAAUAGAGGGAGGUCAUUACACACUGACCAAGGGACUAAAUUCAGGCAGCAUGCUGGUCUACCACUGUGAUGAGGGUUUCUACCCAUAUCCCUCCAGAAGACGUGUGUGCCAGCUCACUGGCACAUGGAGCGAACUGCCCCAAGCAUCUAAACCUCAGACGUGCAGGGUGGUUGAAUGCCCGAACCCCAUGGUGCUGACGCAGGGCAGCGUUUAUCCUCCUCAGGAAAAAUACUUAGUAUAUAACGAAACCACAUAUGAGUGCUACCACGGCUACACAUUACGAGGUUCGGCCAGGCGGGAGUGCUUACCAAACGGCAAGUGGAGUGGCUCCACUCCUAUCUGCAGCCGUGACUCAGGAAGUGAUUGCACCGAUCCCGGGAUUCCAGCUGGCGCUUAUAGAAACGGGAAUUCAUUCCAGCUUGACGACAAAGUGAAAUACAGAUGCAGCAGCAAAAUGUUUCUGGUGGGCUCCAGCGAGCGAGUGUGCCUGGAGAACGGCCAGUGGACUGGCACGGAACCAACUUGCUACUAUGAUUACACAUAUGAUACUCCGUGGGAAGUUUCAGAGGCUUUUGGUGGUGCAAUUAAAAGUAGUCUCACCACUUUGGAGCCCACAGACGACACACAGGAGGGCAGAAAAAUUCGGGUUUCAAAAAAUGGAACACUCAACAUCUACAUUGGUUUGGAUAUUUCUGAGAGCAUUGAAGAAACAUACUUCAAUGACGCCAGGGAGACUAUAACUAAACUCAUCUCCAAGAUUUCAUCUUUUCCUAUCUCUCCAAACUACGAGGUUGUAUUUUUCUCCUCGGAAAUAUUUGAAGUUGUCAACAUUGUGGAUUUCAUCGACGGCAAUGUUCAGCUGAACACUGUGAAGACAAAACUGGAAAACUUUAAAAUAGGCACUGGAAACACAGCUGGAACGGAUCUCAAUCUGGUCUUCACGACCUUCUUGAAUCGGAUGGCGGAAAUAAAGCAGAUAAAAGGGGAAGAGGCCUUUAAGGAUCACCGUCACGUCGUCAUUCUUUUUACAGAUGGUGCCUACAACAUGGGCGGGUCACCUGAGUUGACAGUGAGAAAAAUCAAGAAUCUGGUCUACAUGGACUCCAAUUAUAAGAAAGAACCCUUAAGAGCAGAGUUCUUGGACAUUUACAUUUUCGCCAUCGGGGCACAGAUCUUUGACGAUGACUUGAAGCCUCUGGUCACCACGACGGGUGGCAACCAUUACUUCCGGCUGGAAAACAUAAAACAAUUGCAAAAGACAUUUGAUGAAAUCAUCGAUGAGGGCGAUGUCCAAGGCUCGUGUGGUCUUCACAAGGAUUAUGUCACCACUGAAAAAAGGGAAAACUAUCCAUGGGCAGCGCUGAUUGUUACCCAGAACAAUGGUAGAGUGAUGAAUUGUAUGGGCUCUCUGGUGACGCCCAUGUUCAUCUUGACCGCCGCUCACUGCUUCACAUAUGAAGAUUUGCCCAAACACAUCACAGUUGACAUCAACGACGGACAAGGCAGAACAAAAAAAGUCAAGGAUUUCUUUUUACACCCAAAGUUCGACGUCAGCGCUAAAGUGAACGAGGGCGUGAAGGAAUUUUACGACUACGACGUGGCUCUCGUACAACUUACCGAAUUUGUUAAAAUCUCCACACUGGCCAGACCAAUUUGCAUACCCUGUACCCAGGAGACUAGUAUUGCUCUACAACUGGUUGGUGAUUCCACCUGCGCACAACAAGAGCAGCUACUUUUAAAGAAUAUGGAAAAACUUACAUUCCUGACACGCAGUAAGAGUCAAUGGGUAGAUGAAAAACACGUCCAUGCUAAACUCGGCGAUAAGAGGGAUGAAUGCAUUCAACAUGCAUUGGAGGCACCGGGAAUCACAACAAAAAACCCAGAGGUUCCCGUGACGGGAAACUUCCUGUGCACUGGUGGUUUGAUUCCCUUCAGAGAUCAUAUAGCAUGUACAGGUGACUCCGGAGGUGCUGUCUUCAAGAACUUUGAGCAUCGCACGGUGCAGAUCGGGCUGGUCAGCUGGGGAAGCAAAAAUCUGUGCAAAGGCGGCGGUGUGGUCAACUCGGAUGGGGACUCCCGAGAUUUCCACAUCAAUCUUUUCAAGGUUGUACCUUUCCUCAAAACUAUCCUUGGAAACGACAACCAGGAUGAUUAUGCACCGCUGGAGUUUUUGAAGAACUAAAUGCUAAACGGUUUGAAAAAUGCUGUUACGUGACAUAUGAAAUUAAAGUCAUGGUUUGAAUAUAA